AUGCAGAAAACAAAACCUCACUCUCACUGCAUUUGUCUAACCAUCUCCUCUCGCUGCAGUGCUGACAAAAGCAUCAGCGCUGCAGUGACGGCCUCUGUGGGGAGACAGCCAAGAUCGCCCAUUACCACCGAACGAGAACCGUCAAUAGCCUCCCAGUGUAUAAAGCACAAGUUUUAUAAGCAGGCCUUCAUUAGUCUUGGCUACACUUCGGUUAACAUCUGUAAACACAGUCGUGAGAAGAUGCCAUCGUGUGAUUUCUGCGGCCUGGAUGAGAAUAUCGACGGUAUCUCAUUCUACAAAUCCGUUUCUCUCAGAUUCCCAUUACAAGAAGAGCAUCGCCGCCAGUGGCUAGUCAAUAUGAGGAGGGAUGCUGAAAGGACUCCAUCUGAAUCCUCUUCUCUGUGCUCCGCUCAUUUCACUCCGGAUUGUUUUGAAUCUGGAUCUGCGCAUUUACACUCAGACGCGAUUCCGACUAUAUUUAAGUUUAUAGAGUCCACGAAUCAGAUUCUAAAGGACACUGAAAAUAUCCUUCCACCACACCAAGGAACAUCUGAGUCAACCGACUCAUCCAGAUCACCCUGCUGUGACUGUUAUAAACGUCUGCAGGCCACAGAAAGAAAUUACCAGCGGAAAUUAGCUGCUGCUCAACAGCAGAUAAAAGAGUACAAAAACAAUCUAAUGGAGGAGUCACGGAAAGCAACGCAAUGGCAGAAGAGAGCAAUAGUUUUGCAGAGUGCAAUCAGAGCAAUGAAACAAAGGGGGUCAAUGAUACCUGCAACAAGAAAAACUUCUACACCUAAAACUAAUGAUUUGAACUGAAACAUAUUUGUACUUUGAGGGUUACAUGGAGAAACAAAGUGUUAUAUUUUGAUUUGGUUGCAAUUGCAAUAUAAUCAGUUAUUUUCAAUCAAUUUCUUCAUUGAGUACAGUGGAAUACAUUUGAUAUGUAUAUAAAAUAUUGUUACCAAAUAAAAAAAAAUACAUACCGUUGCAUUUCAGACAAGCACAGACAUUGAAGCAUUACAGUUUGGUUAUUUUUACAUGAUGGUACAUCAGAUAAAUAAAACAAAAAUACAAAAAAGUGCAAGUAUGACUUCAAACAACAACAACAAAAAAGAUGGAUCAUUACAGUAAUGUAAAAAUGUAUAGCACCAAUAAAACAUUUUAUUACUGGAUUUCUAUGCUCUCAGCCUAAGGAAGACAACAAUUUAACAUACAUCUUGACUCAAAAGAUGCUUUCUACAUUGUUAUUAAAUAGAAAGAUUCACAUAAUGAACCUGCUAUAGUAAACAAAAACUUUGGCUAAAAAAAAAGAUAAAUCCUGAGUUUGUUGUCAUUUUGUCUCUUAAACUAACUAAAAGUACUAAGCAAUUUAAAUGGGAUUUUAUGGAUGUAAGAGAUUAUGAUUACUCACAACCAUCAUCAUACUGUAGAUACUGAUAUUAUUUAAGGUGAAAGCAAUUAGAUAUUACAGUGGGUCAAAUCAAAUUCUACAAAAAGCAAAUUGUAUGUAUUAUAACCAGAUGAAAGUAAAAAAUAUCAAAGAACAGUAAAUUGACAAUAGCCAUAUUACUGUAAAUGCAGUAAAGCCUUUCUUAUUGGCGUGUAAAUUAUGGAAGAACAGUUAUGAAUGAAGAUAAUAAUAGCUUGAGGUAUGUUUAUCGCAUAAAGACCAACU